AUGAGCUCACUAUCCCUUCAAGGCCUGGAGUCCCUCCUCCAAGCACUCGGUGUUCAAACCCCAGUACCGCGAUUCACCCGCGCCAAUGUUGUUUCCAGCCCAAUUGAUAUAUACCGUUCCUAUGUAGCCAAUACUAUUCACAAAUUAACGGGAUGCAACGAGGAGGUUGCAUACGACGCGGUACAAUGGGCCAGCGCAGCAACGAAUGCUGACCUUAUGCUUGUAACCGCCCGUCUAAAGAUAAAAGGCACCAACCCAAACCAAUUGGCGCAGGAUCUUGUCUCAAAGUUUCCGCCAACACCACUUCUGAGCCAGCCGGCUGCUAAUGGGAUAUUUAUCCCGAUUUGCUUCUCUCCAGCUACACUGCCUGCCUUGGUCUUGCCCUUUAUCUUUGAUCGCCGGGCCUCCUAUGGAACAAACCAGCUUCCAGGCCUGAAAGAUACGAAAGACGAGAAUUCAGGCAAGAAAAAGGCCAUCAUCGAGUUUUCAUCCCCAAAUAUUGCCAAGGAAUUCCAUGCCGGCCAUCUUCGAAGCACGAUUAUUGGCGCCUACAUUUCCAAUUUGUAUGAAACCAUGGGCUGGGAUGUAGUUAGAAUAAACUACUUGGGCGACUGGGGGAAACAGUUUGGCCUCCUCGCGGUUGGUUGGCAGAGAUUUGGAUCCGAGGAACAAUUUGCAAAGGAGCCUUUGAAGCAUCUUCUCGAGGUAUACGCAAAGAUAAAUUCUUUGUUUGCCCCAGAAAAAGAUGCUAGCCAAAGGGCUCGAGACAAUGGCGAGGAUACGUCCCAAAUUGAGAGUCAGGGAAUAUUUGCAGAAAGAAACGCAUUCUUUCAGAAAAUGGAAGACGGUGAUCCAGACGCGAUUGCAUUAUGGAAACGCUUCAGGGAAGUCAGUAUAGAGCGCUAUGUCUCGACAUACGCACGCCUGAACAUUGAAUUCGAUGAAUAUUCCGGCGAAUCUACUGUAAAGUCGCAGACCGUUGGUCAGGUUGAGGCGCUUCUCAAAGAGAGAAAUAUCUAUACAGAGGAUAAUGGCACUUGGAUCAUUGAUUUUAAGAAGCACGGGGCACCUAAUCUAGGUAUAUCUGUCGUGAGAACGCGAACCGGAACAACGACCUAUCUACUCCGUGACAUUGCAGCCGUCCUGGAGAGAGUGGAGAAACAUAACUUUGACAAAAUGAUCUAUGUCGUCUCCACCGAGCAGGAUCUAUACUUCCAGCGCCUUUUCAAAACCAUUGAGCUCAUGGGAUACCCCGAGAUCUCGUCAAAACUCGAACAUGUCAAUUUCGGAAAAGUUAUGGGGAUGUCAUCGCGACUUGGGACUGUGAAGCUACUGGGUGAUAUCCUUGACGACUGUGGUGCUUCUAUGCACGAUGUCAUGCGCAAGAACCCUGCCAAAUACGAUCAGAUCGAAAAUCCCGCCGAGAUCGCAGACGUUGUGGGGAUAACCGCAGUUAUGGUCCAGGAUAUGGCUGGGAAGAGGAUCCGCAACUAUCCAUUCGACAUGGCCAAGAUGACAUCCUUCGAAGGUGACACCGGUCCCUACCUCCAGUAUGCACAUGCGAGACUCUGUUCUAUCGUCCGAAAGGCGGAUAUCAAUCCUCAGGAUAUCGCUGCAGCAGACUUUUCUUUAUUAAAGGAACCCCAUGCUAUUAAUAUUAUUCGGCUCAUAGCUCAGUAUCCCGAGGUUACAAGCAACGCCUUAAAAACCCUGGAGCCUACAACCAUCCUAACAUAUCUAUUCCGACUUGCGCACCAAAUUUCGUCUGGAUAUGAUGUAAUUAAGGUUAUCGGUGCUGAAAAUCGUGAAGUUAUGGUUGCCCGCUUAGCUUUAUAUGAAGCAGCUCGCCAGGUACUGGAGAAUGGGAUGCGUCUUCUUGGAUUUACUCCUGUCAAAAGAAUGUAA